GCUAAAUCUGUGCCUCCCCCCCCUUGACCGGACACUACUCCAUUGUACAUGACCUCGUUCAUGUGUCUGAUCCAUUGGGAGUUGUGAUGAUGGCCUCUCCCAAUUCCCUCUCGACCGCGUAUACCAGCGGUCUCUCCCGACAACCGUCGUCCCGGCAUCUAACCCGCGCCGCCACCUCACGCGCCGGUUCCAGACGAACCUCCCCGGAAGUCCAGAAUGUUUCUGCUGUGAGUAGGAAUCGACAGCUGGAGUCCUCUAGACGGUAUUCGCCGGGCGACAGCUCCGAUGACGAGGUCCCCGAGCCGAAAUUCAGCGCCUCCGUCAAGGCCCUGCUGGACGAGGAUGUCGACUCCCCCCGCCUGCAACGGAGGCCUUCCGACAACUAUCACCGCCCGAGCGAUCGGGUCGUGUCCACGAGCCAGGAGAGGCGAUCUCGCACCGCGUCGCCCAACGACCAUUCGACAGGGAGCCCGGCGCCGCGGGUGGUCCGCCUUGCCCCCAACUUGAUCAACGGCACUUGGUUCCAACGAGAAGGAUCGCCCCUCACCAAUAGUGAGAGCGCCGGCUACGACAGUGCGAGGAGUUCUUCGAAUGACCUGAUCACCCCCGCGCCGCGACCGCGCACCGUGCGCAUCAAUCCCUCCCGGAGUUCAACUCGCUCUCCCGCCUCGAUUUCCCCCUCGCAGCGUCGCUGGGAAGAAACCGACUCGGCCGAGGAGCAGAGGAGCGCCGAGCGCCUCGAGGAAGAGAGGAAGGCGCGGUACGAAGAGGAACAGGCGCCGCGCGUCGGCUCCUCUUCCGUGCUUCGCGCGCGUGGUGUGGAAGACGUCGGCCUGCACAGCUCGGUGCGACCGAAGAGAGUCGGCCGGUUAACAGGAAGCUUUCUGAAUGGACCCGCUCGGAGGGGCGUGUUAAGACGACAGAGCGAGGAGAACGACGACCCGCAGACCUUCCUCACCGCGGAGGAAGGGAAUGAUCGGGAACUCGACGGCAACGGCAACCGCGCCGACUACGACUACAAGAAAACAGCGAAACCUUCAUCACCACGGGUAUCGUGGGUGGACCCGAGCCCCCUCGACCGGGCAGAACGGUAUCGACCGCACGAUCCCAUCAGUCACCGGCCUGGAGAGGAAGCGUUCUCCCGGGGUUCGUCUCCUAAAUCGUACGGAUCGCAUUCCAAGUCAACCCCGGGAUCUUCGUCCGACCGGUCGUCGAAACCGCCAAGUGGGGCAGAGCAGCCCGUGUUCAAAGUCCCUCCGUUGCCGGAGCUGCCCUCCACUCGCGACCAGGAGAACGAGCCGCCACCGACUUUCAAGCGGGCCAAGCCUCAGGGGUUUAACCUGCUGGACAAGCCGGAAGGGUUGGCCGUCGUCUACGGGGAUGAACGUAAAGACGCACCGCAGAACGAGGCCCCGGCAGGACCGUCUCCGCGGAAGAUCCUGGCAAUGCGCAGCAACAACGCCCCGCAUCAUCGACCGGCGCCCCCGCCGCCCAAGAUGUCGGUCCUCGAGACGGCAACAGCCAACGCCGGCGCCGCCACGUCGUCGUCCUCCCGCAAGAAGCGGAGCCAGGUCUCUGUCAACCACAAGCCGUUCACACGGUUGGACUGCAUCGGCCGGGGUGGGAGCUCGCGGGUCUACCGGGUCAUGGCCGAGAACUACAAGAUUUUCGCUCUCAAGCGAGUCAACCUGGAGGAUGUCGACCCGGUCACCCUGGCGGGCUACAAGGGGGAAAUUGAUCUGCUCAAGAAGCUCGAGAAUCUGGACCGCGUGGUCCGGCUGUUCGACUGGGAGCUGAACUCGGACAAGCACACGCUCAGCGUUUUGAUGGAAAUUGGCGAGUCGGAUCUGGAGAAGAUCCUGACGUAUCGACUGAACGCCGAGGACGCGGUGUUCGACUGCAACUUCACGCGGUACUACUGGAAAGAGAUGCUGGAGUGCGUGCAAGCGGUACACCACUACAACAUCGUGCACUCGGACUUGAAGCCGGCCAACUUCCUCCUCGUGCAGGGGCGGCUGAAGCUGAUCGACUUUGGCAUUGCCAACGCCAUCCAGGACAACACCGUUAACGUGCACCGCGAGCAGCAAGUGGGGACCCCCAACUACAUGUCACCCGAGGCGCUCGUCGACUCGAACGCGUCACUGGGGCUGCCGUCGAGCGUGGGGAAGGUCAUGAAGCUGGGCAAGCCCAGCGACGUGUGGAGUCUCGGCUGCAUCCUGUACAAGAUGGUGUACGGACAGCCGCCGUUCGCCAAGAUCGCCAAAUACUAUGAGCGCAUUCUGGCCAUUCCCAACCCGCACGUAAAGAUCGACUUCCCGGCGUUCGGCGUAGGCGGCGUGGCAGUACCGCCGGGGCUGCAGCGGACGCUGAAAGCGUGCCUGCAGCGCGACCAGACGCUCCGACCGACGACACAAGAGCUGCUGGGCUCGCGGGACGCCUUCCUGUAUCCGGACGCGCAGCUCGAGGGGGCGGUGCCCGUGACGCAGGAGAUGCUUAACCGGAUCCUGGUCAACGUGGUCAACCACUGCCGAGUGCGCGGGGUGCCGCGUGACGAAGAGCUGGCGGCGUGGCCGGCGGGGUUCUUUGCCAAGAUCAAGGCUGCUUUGGAGGAGAACGCAUGAUUGACUUGACUUGAAUAUUUUCUUUUGUUGAUUACUGUCGGCGUUGCCCACUGAGCGUCUUUCAUUUGUUCUAUACCAUUGAGCGGGAUGCAUUGCAUGUUG